AUGUCUCUGAUUUCAGCUGCUGAUUUUAAUCUUCGAACGCUGCAAACUGUUCUCAACUACGAAGAACUGGUGAAGACCUUCUUUGAAAAACGUGCCACCUUUGAGGCUGCAUUGCAGCGAGCCGAACAAGAACUAUACCCAAAACCCUCCUUUCCAACCCACAAAUACUAUACUAACGAGAUAUCUACUGGAAGUAUACUUGCCCGAAAAAACUUUCUGGCCGGCGGUGCAACUGCACUGGAGCGCGAGGAGGAAAUCAAAAAGGAGUUCCGUAUCAUGGAGAAGUUGACCCACGUUCACAUUACCACCGUGAUGUUCUGGCUGCGAAGCGACACAGUCUACAGCAUCUUCAUGAAGCCGGCCUGCGAUAUGAACCUCCGUUAUUGCCUGGAACACUGCAUAAGUCAGGGCUAUCCUCAAGUCGUCUUGAUGUAA